AUGGGGUCUAUAGAUAUCGCAAGUGGUAUUAGGACGAGUUGGAGUCGUUUAGUGCGGUUUGUCGCGAGCGAGGACGGUGCUGAGCACAUCGGCGAGCCCAUUGAUGCCGAAUUGGAUGUCGGCGCAGCCCUUACUUCAGGAUCAGAAGUAAAAGUCCGCGUGUUCACCGGGUCGACCGUACUCUCCGUGGACACCCAGCCAACACUAGUGACCUACACGAUAUCAAGACUAUUGCCACCGCUUUCAAAAGCCGAAGUUGGAACGAUCCGCUGUAUAGGCCUGAAUUAUCGGAAACAUGCCAAAGAGAUGAACUUGGACCUUCCCGACCACCCAACUCUCUUCUUCAAGCCUUCAACAUGCCUCGGUUCGCCAAACGCACCUUUGGUCAUUCCACAUCAGGCGACAGAUGGCCAGGCCGAUUACGAAGCCGAGCUUGCGGUUGUCAUCGGGAAGCUAGCCAAGAACGUGAGUAAAGAAGAUGCGAUGGAUUACGUGCUGGGCUACACAUGUUCGAAUGACGUAACCGCGCGAGUCCAUCAGUUUAACGGAGCGCAAUGGGGGUUCGGCAAGGGCUUCGAUGGCUUCGCGCCACUGGGGCCAUGCUUGGUAUCGGCGUCUUCGAUACCAAACCCAGGCGACAUUGAGCUGAAGACGGUACUCAACGGCGAGACUAUGCAAUAUUCGCUGGCGAACGAUAUGAUCUUCAGCAUACCAGAAAUAGUGGCAUAUCUGAGCCAGGGAACGACGCUGGAGCCAGGUACUGUAAUCAUGACGGGUACGCCGCAUGGAAUCGGUGUGAGCAAGGUGCCGAAGGUAUGGCUCAAACCGGGAGAUGAUCUGAGGAUUGUAAUGAGUCAUGGUAUGGGAAGUCUGGUUACACCCGUAGCUUAUGAGGAAGCUUAG